UGUUGAUCUAAAGCUAGUCAACAUAAAGUCCAAACCUUCCUGGUUUCUCGACAUGCACCCAGUUGGAAAGGUUCCGUUACUUAUCAAUUUCGGCCAAAAAUUGAGUGAAUCUGAUUUGAUAAUGCGGUAUCUUGAUCAGUUAAAGGGAGAAGACUCUUCGCUGAUGGCAGUUUGUGGUGAAAAGUCUUUUAAGCAUUCCCUUGUGCUUUGCUCCAAAAGAAACGCAAGCUAA